CUCGGUGAGACGCGGAGGAGCGGCGGCUACCCGAGCUGCGCCCAGCAACGCGCUCCUUCCCGCUCCCCCACAUCGGCCUCGGCCCUCUCACCGGCUGUAGAAAAUGGUGAAAGAAACCACUUACUAUGAUGUUUUGGGGGUCAAACCCAAUGCCACCCAAGAAGAACUGAAAAAGGCCUACAGGAAACUGGCCUUAAAGUACCACCCUGAUAAGAAUCCAAAUGAAGGAGAGAAGUUUAAACAGAUUUCUCAGGCUUAUGAAGUACUCUCUGAUGCAAAGAAAAGGGAAUUAUAUGACAAAGGAGGUGAACAGGCAAUUAAAGAAGGUGGAGCUGGUGGUGGUUUUGGCUCCCCCAUGGACAUCUUUGAUAUGUUUUUUGGAGGAGGAGGAAGAAUGCAGAGAGAAAGGAGAGGUAAAAAUGUUGUGCAUCAGCUCUCAGUAACCUUAGAAGAUUUAUAUAAUGGUGCAACAAGAAAACUAGCUCUGCAAAAGAAUGUGAUUUGCGAUAAAUGUGAAGGCCGAGGUGGUAAGAAAGGAGCAGUUGAGUGUUGUCCCAAUUGCCGAGGUACUGGAAUGCAAAUAAGAAUUCAUCAAAUAGGGGGACCUGGAAUGGCUCAGCAAAUUCAGUCUGUGUGCAUGGAGUGCCAGGGCCAUGGGGAACGGAUCAGUCCUAAAGAUAGAUGUAAAAGCUGCAAUGGAAGGAAGAUAGUUCAAGAGAAGAAGAUUCUAGAAGUUCAUAUUGACAAAGGCAUGAAAGAUGGCCAGAAGAUAACAUUCCAUGGUGAAGGAGACCAAGAACCAGGACUGGAACCAGGAGAUAUUAUCAUUGUUUUAGAUCAGAAGGACCAUGCUGUGUUUACUCGGCGAGGAGAAGACCUUUUCAUGUGUAUGGACAUACAGCUGGUUGAAGCACUGUGCAGUUUCCAAAAGCCAAUAUCUACUCUGGACAACCGAACCAUUGUCAUCACCUCUCAUUCAGGUCAAAUUGUCAAGCAUGGAGAUAUCAAGUGUGUGCUAAAUGAAGGCAUGCCAAUUUAUCGUAGGCCAUAUGAGAAGGGUCGCCUCAUCAUCAAAUUUAAGGUAAACUUUCCUGAGAAUGGCUUUCUGUCUCCUGAUAAACUCUCUUUGCUGGAAAAACUCCUACCUGAGAGGAAGGAAGUAGAAGAGACUGAUGAAAUGGACCAGGUAGAACUGGUGGACUUUGAUCCAAAUCAGGAAAGACGGCGCCAUUACAAUGGGGAAGCAUAUGAGGAUGAUGAACAUCAUCCCAGGGGUGGUGUUCAGUGUCAGACCUCUUAAUGGGGCCAAUGAAUAACACUGCUGGCAUUUUAUGUGCAGUAGUGAAUGAGUGAAGGACUAUAAUCAUAGCUCACUACUUGCUAUUGUUUUUGUUUUAAUAUUCAACUAUAGUAGUGUUUUAAAAGUUAAAUGAAGAAUAAACUCAAAUAUAAAA